AAUUAUCUCCCUGACCUCCAUUAACUUCCCUUUCAAUACUUCCAGCGGCACCACCCCCAUGGAACCAUGGAACCAAACCAGUGCCUCUGAAUUCAUCCUCCUGGGACUUUCAGAGAAGCCAGAACAUGAGACUCUUCUCUUUUCCCUGUUCCUCUGCAUGUACGUGGUCACCGUCAUCGGGAACCUGUUGAUCAUCCUGGCCAUUGGCUCCGACUCCCACCUCCACACGCCUAUGUACUUCUUUCUGGCCAACCUUUCCUUGGUCGAUCUCUGCCUGGCCACCAACACUGUCCCCAAGAUGUUGGUGAACAUCCAAACCAGGAGCAAGUCCAUCUCUUAUCCUUGCUGCCUGACCCAAAUGUACUUUUUCCAUUUCUUUGGUAUCAUGGAUAGCGUCUUAAUCGCCGUGAUGGCCUACGACCGGUUCGUGGCCAUCUGUCACCCCUUACACUACACCACCAUCAUGAGCCCCCGCCUCUGUGGACUGCUCACCGGGGGUCCAUGGGUGACUUCCUGCUUCCUCUCCCUCACCCACAUCCUCCUGAUGGCCCGCCUUGUCUUCUGUGGCAACAAUGAGCUGCCCCACUACUUCUGUGACCUCACUCCUCUUCUCCGGCUUUCUUGCACGGACACAUGGGUGAACAGGAUCUUCGUCCUCAUUGUGGCCGGGAUGGUGAUAGCCACGCCCUUCGUCUGCAUCCUGGCCUCCUAUGCCCGCAUCAUUGUGGCCAUCCUGAAGGUCCCCUCUGCGGGCGGAAGAAAGAAAGCCUUUUCCACCUGCAGUUCCCACCUCUCUGUGGUGGCCCUCUUCUAUGGGACCACCAUUGGGGUGUAUCUGUGUCCCUCUUCUGUGCGCACAGCUGUGAAGGAGAAGGCUUCCGCUGUGAUGUACACAGCGGUCACCCCCAUGCUGAACCCCUUUAUCUACAGCCUGAGGAACAGGGACCUGAAGGGGGCCCUGRGGAAGCUCAUCAACAGAAAGGUCAGCUCGUCUUCCUGACCACCGGACUCAGGA